UUUUUGCAUAAUCUGAACCUACCAUCUACCUUUUUACAGGUUACUGCAGUUAAUCUCCGUGAUGGAAAUACUCUUCCUGCAGAUAUGGUUGUAGUAGGAAUAGGUAUCCGUCCAAACACAUCUCUAUUCGAAGGCCAACUGACUCUAGAAAAAGGAGGAAUCAAGGUAAACGCACAAAUGCAAACCAGUAACACUUCGGUUUAUGCUGUGGGAGAUGUUGCAGCUUUUCCUGUAAAACUUUUCGGUGAAACCCGUCGUCUCGAGCACGUCGAUUUGGCUCGAAAAUCUGCAGAACAUGCUGUUUCUGCCAUAAUGGAACCUAAUAAAACAGGAGAAUUCGAUUACCUUCCGUUCUUCUAUUCCAGAAUCUUCACGUUAUCAUGGCAGUUUUUCGGAGAUAAUAUCGGAGAAGUAGUACAUUUUGGAGAUUUCGAUGAUGGGAAGACCAUAGGUGCUUAUUGGGUUAGUAAAGGUCAGUUGGUUGGUUCUUUCUUAGAAGGUGGAACUAAAGAAGAGUAUGAAGCCAUUGCAAGGGCUACUAGGGCUAAACCUGUUGUUGAAGAUUUAGUUGAGCUUGAGAGUCUAGGUUUGGAUUUUGCUGUUACUUAUGUUAGCCCGACAACACCAAUGGUGUCAUCGGGGACUGAUCUUGAAGGGCCUCCGGUUCUUGUUUUGGAAAAGCCAUUGUACGCGUGGCAUGCAACUGCUAUUUCUCGAGCCAUGACCAUAGCAGUGGCAUACACCUUUGGACCUAAUGGUCGGCCCAGUAACCUUUCGGAAUGGGGGAUCCCCGUUGGCAACAAUAUGCUUCAACUUAAACUGCCACCGUUCCCGUUGGAUAAGUAA